UAUCGUCGAUUCCACUGAAAGCAGAGAAAUUGUUACAAACAUUCUGUGCAGUGCUAUCAGUAGAGACAGUUGGCAACAUUUAGAUUCAGACAAUCCAUUAGAAGCCGUCAACAAUACACUGUUUUAUCAAAUCAUUGAACAGUAUUUAAUUGAAGGAAAUGUUUCCGAUGUAUCAGAAAAAUUCCCGCCUUUUGAUGAUAUCAUCAAAUGUCUUAAAGUGGAUCACAAGAGCAGGACCUCCUUCUUCAUUAAAGCCAUUUACGAGAAUCAAAAAAGACGUUUCGAAAGAAAAU